GAACCUGAAAACAGAAGGACACGGACGGUGGGUCUCUGCUACCCCCCGGAGGUACAGGUAUUACACUGGAAUAUUACAACAAUAAUGGCUAAUGCGCUCUGUAGCAGAGCUAGAUUGGUGACUUAUCUCCCCGGGUUCUGUUCUCUGAUUAGGAGAGUUCAGAUUGGCCGAACUUUCUCUGCUGCUGGAUCCUCUGGUUCUGAUGAGCCUUUCGUAGCUGCUACUCCCCCCGAUAUACUUCCUAGAACAGUAUGGCCGGAUGAGGCAAUGGGACCCUUUGGACCUCAAGACCAAAGAUUUCAGCUUCCUGGUAAUGUAGGGUUUGAUGCACAUGUGAAUGGAGUAGACGCUCAAAGAAGAGUUCCAGGUCAUAGAAAUCUACCUGAUCUUUUGUCUGAGCCUGCACCCAGUGAAAGACACGAGUUCGUAAUGGCACAGUUUGUAAAUGAGUUCCAGGGUAACGAAGCUUCACCUCAACAGCAACAAAUAAACAGCAUGGACUCAUAUUUUGAGCAAGCUAAGGUAGAAUGUGCUAUGCAGUCUUGCCCAGAGCUGCUUAAAAAAGAUUUUGCAUCAAUGUUUCCAGAGAUCCCAAGCAAUAAUCUUAUGGUAAUGACUGUAACCCAAAAAACGGCAAACGAUAUGACCACCUGGAGCCAAGAAGUGGAGAACGAGAGGGAGCUUUUAUUAGAAAAGUUCAUAAAUGGUGCCAAAGAAAUCUGCUAUGCUUUGAGGGCAGAAGGGUAUUGGGCAGACUUUAUCGACCCAUCAUCAGGACUGGCAUAUUUUGGACCUUACACUAAUAAUACACUCUUUGAGACUGAUGAACGUUAUCGUCACCUUGGAUUCAGAGUUGAGGACCUUGGAUGCUGUAAAGUGAUUCGCCACCAGGUCUGGGGUACACAUGUCGUGGUAGGAAGUAUAUUCACCAAUGCUCCUUCGGAUAGUCCUGUUAUGAAGAAGUUGUGUGAAAGCUAAAUGUGCAUUUCCUCAAGGUCGUGUUGGACAUCACCUGCCUCUAUACUUGAUUAUUAAUCUCAUUGUCUUUUAAAGAAGGACACUACGAGAAUGAAACGUGCGUUGAUGUAUAAAGAUGAUGUAAACUACACCUAUUUAUAAUAAAACAGGAAAUCCUCCAUAUACAUUUUAUUUAAUUCAGGAGCUGUGAAAGGUCAUAUUCUACCAAAAAUGCAUUCAUUAUUGGAAUUACCAGGGUGUGUUCGUGGUUUUUAAGAGAUGUGGGGAAGGUUAUUCGUUUUAAAAUAAAAUAAAAACCUUUUCCAAUUUAA